AAUGUCCGCCCCACUUCGCGUUUUGGUCACCGGAGCCGCUGGUCAGAUCGGUUACUCGAUCGUCAUCCGCAUCGCCGACGGAACUGUAUUCGGAAAGGAACAACCAGUGGAGCUCGUUCUUCUCGACGUCCCACAAUGCUCCAACAUUCUCGAAGGAGUUGUUUUUGAGCUCCAGGAUUGUGCUCUUCCAACCCUUUUCAGCGUUGUUGCUGUCACUGAUGAAAAGUCGGCCUUCACCGGUAUCGACUACGCUUUCUUGGUCGGAGCCAUGCCAAGACGCGAGGGAAUGGAGCGCAAAGAUCUUCUUGCUGCCAACGUCAAGAUCUUCAAGUCACAAGGAAAGGCUCUUGCUGAGUAUGCCAAGCCAACCACCAAGGUUAUCGUUGUUGGAAACCCAGCCAACACCAAUGCAUUCAUUGCUGCCAAGUACGCCGCCGGAAAGAUCCCAGCCAAGAACUUCUCUGCCAUGACCAGAUUGGACCAUAACCGUGCUCUUGCUCAACUCGCCCUUAAAACCGGAACAACCAUCGGAAAUGUCAAGAACGUUAUCAUCUGGGGAAAUCACUCUGGAACUCAAUUCCCAGAUGUCACCCACGCUACCGUUAACAAGAACGGAACUGAGACCGACGCUUACGCCGCUGUCGGAGACAACGCUUUCCUUCAAGGACCAUUCAUCGCCACUGUCCAAAAGCGUGGAGGAGUCAUCAUUGAGAAGAGAAAGCUCUCGUCUGCAAUGUCUGCCGCUAAGGCCGCUUGUGAUCACAUCCACGACUGGCAUUUCGGAACCAAGGCUGGGCAAUUCGUCUCCAUGGCUGUCCCAUCCGAUGGUUCAUACGGAAUCCCACAAGGACUCAUUUUCUCAUUCCCAGUUACCAUCGAGGGUGGCGAAUGGAAGAUUGUUCAAGGUCUUAGCUUCGACGAUUUUGCCAAGGGAAAGAUCGCUGCUACCACCAAGGAACUCGAGGAGGAGAGAGAUGAUGCUCUAAAGGCUUGCGAUGAUGCCAACAUCUAAAUUUUCCCCAUAAAUUAUAACGAUUUCCCAACCGCUCCCUUAAACUUAAAAUGUAAAAAAAGAAGUAGGCCGUCUUGUCGUUUUUGUAAAUGUAUUAUGUAUUCAGUUAUUGAACAAUGAAUUUAUUGCAUCUUCGG